AUGGUCAGGGAAACCGACCUUCUGGGUGUCGCCCCGUCUGCGGGUCCCGAUGAGAUCAAGAAGGCGUACAGGAAGAAGGCGCUCAAGCACCACCCCGACAAGGGCGGUGACCCCGAGCUCUUCAAGGAGCUGACGCACGCGUACGAGGUUCUUUCGGACGACAACAAGCGUGCUGUCUACGACCAGGCCGGAAAGGAGGGACUGGAGAACGGCGGCGGCAUGGGCGGCAUGGACCCGCAGGACCUGUUCUCGCAGCUGUUCGGUGGCGGCGGUGGUGGCUUCUUCGGAGGUGGUGGUCGCCCCCAGGGUCCCCGCCGUGGAAAGGACCUCGUCCACCGCAUCGGCGUUUCGCUUGAGGACCUCUUCAAGGGCAAGGUUCAGAAGCUCGCUUUGUCCAAGUCGGUUCUCUGCCCGGGCUGUGACGGCCAGGGCGGCAAGAAGGGCUCGGUCAAGACCUGCACGGCCUGUCGCGGACAGGGUGUCAAGGUCAUGUUCCGCCAGCUCGGCCCGAUGAUGCAGCAGAUCCAGCAGCCCUGUACCGAGUGUGACGGUACUGGUGAGAUCAUGGACCCGAAGGAUCGCUGCAAACAGUGCCACGGCAAGAAGGUCGUCAGCGAGCGCAAGGUUCUCGAGGUUCACAUCGACAAGGGAAUGAAGAGCGGACAGCAGAUCAAGUUCCAGGGAGAGUCGGACCAGGCCCCGGGCAUCGUCCCCGGAGACGUCGUCAUUGUCGUCGAGGAGAAGCCCCACGAGCGCUUCCAGCGCAAGGGCGACGACCUCUACACGGACGCCAACAUUGACCUCCUCACCGCUCUCGCCGGCGGAGAGUUCUACAUCCCCCACCUCGACAACGAUGCCCUCAAGGUCAUCAUCGCCCCUGGUGAGAUCAUCAAGCCCGGCUCGCUCAAGUGCAUCUCGGGACACGGUAUGCCCUCGUACCGCCACCACGAGAUGGGUGACCUCUUUGUGCGCAUGAACGUCCAGUUCCCCGAGUCGCUCCCGGAAUCCGCCAUGCCCCUCCUUGAGAAGGCUCUCCCUGCCCGCCCGCCUCAGCCGAAACUCGACCCCAAGCUCCACAUCGACGAUGUCACCCUCGAGGAGCCCAACGACCGUCAGCGCCGUUCUGCCGCCUCUAACGGAGACGACAUGGACGAGGACGACGACGACCGUCCCGGCGUUCAGUGUGCCCAGCAGUAA